UUCAACAUCAGUCGUAGUCGAUCCGUGGACGGUGUACUGCGUCCCUCCUUGCCGUGCUCGUGCCGACACGCGGUUGUGCUGUAAACUAUCGUGUUUGUCUUCCCGGCAUGGCUGUUUAGUCACAGACUUUGCUUAAGCUUUGCGAUCAUGGGGAAAACUAAAGGUGCGAAACGCUGGAAGAAAAGGCAAGAAUUUGAAGAAAACACGACAGAAGAAUUGGGUGAUGACGACGAUGGAAACGGAGAUGGAGUGCCUGCUGCUGCUAGCCAGAAACUCAGCACCGCUGCAACGGAAGACGAAUUCGGGGCCAAGGACUAUCGUUCACAAAUGGAGCUUAGGCCCGAUCAUACAUCUCGUCCUCUUUGGGUGGCUGCUGAUGGCCAUGUCUUUUUAGAAGCCUUUUCACCGGUGUAUAAGCAUGCGCAUGAUUUUUUGAUAGCUAUAUCUGAGCCAGUUUGCAGGCCCCACCACAUUCAUGAAUACAAGCUGACAUCCUAUUCCUUGUAUGCUGCAGUCUCUGUCGGACUUCAGACGCAAGACAUCAUAGAAUACUUAAGGAGGCUUAGCAAGACUAGCAUUCCAGAGGGCAUCAUAGAGUUCAUAAAGCUUUGCACUGUCAGCUAUGGUAAAGUCAAACUUGUCUUGAAGCACAAUCGGUACUUUGUGGAAAGUCCUUUCCCGGAUGUACUCCAGAAGCUUCUCAAGGAUCCAGUUAUACAGGCAUGCCGCUUAAGGCGUGACGCAGAAAAUGACACAGAUCUGAGUGUUGUCACGAGGGAUAUCUUAAGUGCCACGCUUCCUACAAAAACUUACGCUACAGAGGACAAGGCUGAUGACAAAGUUCAAGCGGCUAGCGUUCCUGAUGACAUUACUGCCUUUUAUGAAAAAAUGGAGAAGGAUGAGGAUGACAUAGAAGACUCUCAAACGGUGUCAUUUGAAGUCAACCAAGACCACAUUGAAAAGUUGCAGAAGAGAUGCAUAGAACUUGAGUAUCCUUUGUUGGCCGAGUAUGACUUCAAGAAUGACACUGUCAACCCAGACAUCCACGUUGACCUGAAGCCAUCUGCCAUACUCCGACCAUAUCAAGAGAAGAGCUUAAGAAAGAUGUUUGGAAAUGGACGAGGAAGAUCCGGGGUUAUUGUCCUUCCAUGCGGUGCUGGAAAAUCGCUGGUGGGUGUCACAGCCUGCUGUACCGUACGCAAGCGAUGCCUUGUAUUGUGUAACUCUGGCGUGUCCGUUGAACAGUGGAAAGCACAGUUCAAGAUGUGGUCGACAGCAGACGACAGCGUCAUUUGCAGGUUUACAUCAGAGGCCAAGGACAAGCCUAUGGGCUGUGGGAUCUGCAUCACUACAUAUUCCAUGAUCACGCACACUCAGAGACGUUCCUGGGAGGCCGAACAGGUCAUGGCUUGGCUGAAAGAGCAGGAGUGGGGGCUCAUGCUGCUUGAUGAGGUUCACACCAUUCCAGCCAAGAUGUUCAGGCGGGUGUUGACAAUAGUACAAGCACACUGCAAGCUGGGUCUAACGGCCACACUGGUCCGAGAAGAUGACAAGAUCCAGGAUCUCAACUUUCUCAUUGGCCCGAAGCUGUACGAAGCAAAUUGGCUUGAGCUCCAGAAUAAUGGUUACAUUGCCAAAGUGCAGUGUGCUGAGGUGUGGUGCCCAAUGACACCAGAGUUCUACAGGGAGUAUCUGCAAGCAAGAGCAUGCAAGAAGAUGUUGUUAUUCGUCAUGAACCCAAACAAGUUCAGGGCCUGCCAGUUCCUCAUUAAAUAUCACGAGAGGCGAAACGACAAAAUCAUAGUAUUCUCUGACAACGUCUUUUCCCUCAAGCAUUAUGCCAUCAAGAUGAACAGGCCAUACAUCUAUGGUCCUACAUCUCAGCAAGAGAGAAUGCAAAUCCUGCAAAACUUCAAGUACAAUCCCAAAGUGAACACCAUCUUUGUGUCCAAGGUGGCCGACACCUCUUUUGAUUUGCCAGAGGCAAAUGUCCUCAUCCAGGUGUCCGCUCAUGGAGGCUCCAGGAGGCAGGAGGCUCAGCGAUUGGGUCGUAUCCUCAGGGCCAAGAAAGGUGCCGUGGCUGAAGAAUACAAUGCCUUCUUCUAUUCUCUGGUGUCUGAAGACACUAUGGAGAUGCAUUACUCGCGAAAGAGACAGCGCUUCCUGGUGAACCAGGGCUACAGUUACAAGGUUAUUACCAAGAUGGCAGGCAUGGACGAGGAGGACCUUGCGUACCGCACAAAGGAAGAGCAGACAAACCUGUUGCAGCAGGUGCUGGCUGCCAAUGAUGCUGAUGCAGAGGAGGAACGCGUUGCUGGCGAGACUGGUCCAACUGGCCACCGUGUCCAGAUGUCGAGAAGAACUGGAAACAUGAGCUCCAUGUCUGGCGCCGACAGCGCAGUGUACCUAGAGUACAGGACUGAUAAGAAAAAGGACAUGGGCCUGAGGCAUCCACUUUUCAAGCGUUUCCGGAAAACUUAAUCUCAGCCUAGUGUAUAAAACAUAUCAAGUGGAAGAAGCAAUGCGUCAUCACACAUUCGUAUACUGUUAUAAUUAGUUGUUUAAUAAAGCAGUAGAAUACCUUUUCUUUUUUACUAAGCGCAGGAGAUUCUGCAAGAGAGCAGACAGUGGUGUAUCUAAAGAGAUUACUUCAAAGGAGUGGUGCCUAUGUCUUAUGGGCAUUAUUUAAAUAAACACUGCAAUAAUUGACACACAAA